AUGAAUGAAGAGAAAUACGUUCCUUCAUUGGCUUUAAAAUCUUCAUUGUAUUGCAGUGUUCAGUACCAUACUUCGUUACAAAUGAUUAAGGGUAUGGGUUUCCUCGAAGGUAGUCACUUAUCAGUGCAUGCUCUUUCCCCAGCUUUUCUAUUUGGUACCUUAUUCGUGUUCGGUGGUCCAGUUAGAAAGCCCAUAACUGAUGCAACUAGAUCUCUUGUUUCAUGUUUUAUAUUCUGUUCUAGUAAAAUUGUAUCCUCAGUAUUGGAUUUUUGUGAUAAGUUGGGUUUCGGAAUUGUGGAAGUCGAACUGUUUUCUGCAUGGAUAAUUUGCUUACAAACUAGUUCAGCAAAAUUUCAAUUGACUUGA